AUGAAUCUACCAGCUAUGCAAAAGAUUAUGAUGGAAUUUGAAAAAGAAUCAGAAAUGAUAGAUAUGGAAGAAGAUGUGGUGGUGAUGGUACAGGAAGGUGAUGAAGAGGAAAUUGAAAUGAUAAUAAACAAAGCUUUGGAUGAAAUCGAAAUUACAUUGGACCAAUCUUGUUUCUAUAAUCAUAAAGGUGGUAAAUUGAAGCCUCUUAAAAAAGAGGAAAAGAAAAACACAAAUGAUGUUGAUGAAAAACAACAAGAAGAAGCUAAAAAAUUAAAGGAAUUAAAAGAAAAGGCACAAAAAGGAGGGUUACUUGUUGGUGGAAUUAAGAAAUCAGGAGGGAAAAAAUAA